AUAGCAACAACUAAAAUAAGCAAAACCACAUUUUCUUUCAUUUCUUCUCCUUCGCUCUUUUUAUUUCUAGGCUCAGUACUUGCAGAAAGAGAGAUGAGCAUAAGCAUUUCUUUCUCUGUCUGAGUAAAAGAAAACAAGAACCAUUACUCAUGGAGUUACUAAUGGGUUCGGGUCAGAACCGGACCGAGACGGUUGGUUCCUCCUCCACGGAGUCAUCUUCACUUACUACUGGAUUCAGGUUUGGUCAGAAGAUCGACUUCGAGGAUGGAUCCGGAUCCGGCAAGAACCGGGCUAACAAGUGCCGUAAGUCUGUUACAGCAGCUAGGUGCCAAGUGGAAGGUUGUAGAAUGGAUCUAAGCAAUGCAAAAACAUAUUACUCAAGACACAAAGUUUGUUGCAUUCACUCUAAAUCAUCUAAAGUCAUUGUCUCUGGUCUUCAUCAAAGGUUUUGCCAACAAUGUAGCAGGUUUCACCAGCUUGCUGAGUUUGACUUGGAGAAAAGAAGUUGUAGAAGACGUCUAGCUUGUCAUAACGAAAGAAGAAGAAAGCCCCAAGCAACAACAGCAGCUCUUUUGGCUUCUGGUUACUCUAGAAUCGCUCCAUCUCUUUACGGAAGCGUUUUGGGAGAUCCUACAACGUGGUCAACCGCAAGAUCUGUGAUGGGACGGUCCGCACCGUGGGAUAGCCAUCAACUGAUGAACGUUUUGUCACAGGGAAGUUCAAGGUUUAGUAUAACAUACCCAGAGAUGGUGAACAAUAAUAGCACAGACUCAAGCUGUGCUCUCUCUCUUCUGUCAAACUCAAACACAACUCAGCAGCAGCAGCAGACAUCAACCAAUGCUUACUUGAUGGACGCAGAAAGGGUUACAAUGGCUAAGUCACCGCCUGUUUCAGUACACAAUCAGUACUCGAAACAAACCUGGGAGUUCAUGUCAGGCGAAAAGAGCAAUUGGCCUUGUGUGUCGUCCCCUGUUUUGGGACUGAGACAAAUCUCUGAGCCAGAUGAUGACCUCCAGUUCCUGAUGAGCAAUGGCACCACAAUGGGUGGUUUCGAGCUGAACCUACAGCAGGAGCAGGUUCUGAGGCAAUACUCUUCUACUCAAAAUUUUACUUGGCCUCUUUGAGACUUUCUACCAAGAGCCCUUACCAGUAGAAGGUUGCUAGUUGCUACUAAGACUUGAUAGUCUCAAGAUCUUAUUAAAUUAUAUAUUUUUCUAUGCUACUUAAAACCAGACAAUGGCCUUGAAUCUGGAUAUUAUUUUUAAUGGUUUUGGCUCUUGAUUUUAAGCCAUUUGUUUUUAGUA